AUGAAUCGUCAGUUCAUGAAUGAACAUAGACAGUGGUAUCAGUUGAUUGGAAGUAGGUGGGUGGUCGGGGGCGCGCGGCAGUCCGCGGGCGGGCCGGACCGAGCGAUGUCGCGUCGCCCGCACCCCCGGCCGCGCCUACUGUCGCGUCCCUGCCGGCAGGCCGCGCCGGAGCCCGCGCCCGCGCCCGACCCGCCGCCGCAGCAGCCCGACCAGCACUCCGAGGAUGAGCGGGAGCCCGGCGACUGGCGCCCCUCCCGCCCGUCGACACCGCCGCAACGAACCGACGACAUCUCUGAAGGUUCCGAGGCGACCGCUCGACCAACUAGGACUGAACCAGCAAGCCGUUACGCGAAUCUCAACUAUUGGAAGGCCAGACGUGUCACCUUUUACCGAAAUGGAGAUCCUUUCCAUCCCGGAGUCGAGUUCCGGUUCAAACCUGGUCGAGACCUGGCGUCUAUGGACGCCCUCCUGGACAGGCUGUCAGAAAGGUUGGAGCUGCCGCGUGGGGCACGGUUCAUCUUUGGCAUGGAUGGAGACAGGAAGUACAGGCUCGAGGAGCUGGAGGACGGAGCCUCGUAUGUCGUCUCUUCGUACAAAACUUUUAAGGUUAGUUCUUAUUAUUUACAUAUGCUACACAUGUUACACGUGUCAUCAGUUCCUAAAUCAGUUCUGAAAAGUUAUAAGUUUAAAUUUAAACAGUCAGGUCAAGAAAAUAUCGGUGAUGCUCUUUGGGGUAUGGUCCAUGUGAUAUCUUUUCACUUGUUGUCACUUACAAUGACGUCUCAAUGAGGUCUUCUGAUUCUACAUAGGUAUACAUGACAUACUAAUGGUUCAUUGGUUUCAUAGUGCGAAAAUAGUAACAUCUUCAUUUGUACUGCAACUGUAUCUGUAAGUAACUGUAUCUAUCAGAAAGAUUACUUAUCUUACCUUCAUGAAACAAUCGUUAUUUUGCGUUUAACAGAGUUACAGUGCCUAAAAUACUGCCAUCAUUACGUUCAAACUGUAUAGCUUAGCUCAAAGUAAAUCUAGAAUUGGAGUCCGCAAUACACAAUACAUGCCUGCCCCAAUUCCUGCCGCAAAAAUAACAAUUACAAAAAUUUCAUUUAUGAAACAAUUACCGUAAGUUUCGUGAACGCCAAAUGUCGCUCGGCCUUGAAGAUGUGGGUCAUAGGAUAAGGGCCACGCACCAAAACCUCUUAUUUGCAUUUUGAUUAUACACAAAAACUUUGUUUUGUUUCGAUAAGCCUUUAAUUGCAAGUAAAUUGCGUUUGGGCUAAACACUAUUAAUUUAGGGUUAGGAAA